AGUGCAGGGCGAUGUCGGUCUGGGAAGGAAGACUGUGAGCCCUCUCUCCCUUUUUAAUAUGAGAAUUCGAAAGCAGUGGGGAAGUGAUGUUGGACCUAUCACAGCAUUGCUAACAGACAGCCUAUUACAGUAUUUAAUAAAAACAGAAACAGCAUGCCUAUCAUAGGCUAAUAAAUCCUAUCUCCUGCAUGCUUUAAAACAGUAUGAAGCAGCUUUAACGGAGCUCCAGAUAACUAAUUUCAAGCAUGGCUGUCUAGCGUGCCUGUCACUCCUAUUGUCCUUCCAAACUCUUUCAGACAUUUUGAGCAGGGAGAAUUAAAGCUAUGAGUUAGAAAGGGUUGUGACAUUAAUGGUCCACAAAGGCUUUAGGCACAAGAGGUAAUGAUGAUUACCGGUGGCUAUUUGGAGGACUGCACUGGAUCGCUGUCAUUAAAAAUUAAGCGUGGCAUUUGAGGAAGAUGUGACAACUACCGGAGGUCUUUUUGCCAUUCCUCCAGGACAUCCACCGUAAGGAAAGGAGACCCUGGACCAACAUUCUCUAAGAUGUUUAUAUGGACCAGUGGCCGGACCUCUUCAUCUUAUAGACAUGAUGAAAAAAGAAAUAUUUACCAGAAAAUCAGAGACCAUGACCUCCUGGACAAAAGGAAAACAGUCACAGCACUGAAGGCAGGAGAGGACCGAGCCAUUCUCCUGGGACUGGCCAUGAUGGUGUGCUCCAUCAUGAUGUACUUUCUGCUGGGAAUCACACUCCUGCGCUCAUACAUGCAGAGCGUAUGGACCGAAGAGUCUCAAUGCACCUUGCUGAAUGCAUCCAUCACGGAAACAUUUAAUUGCUCCUUCAGCUGCGGUCCAGACUGCUGGAAACUUUCUCAGUACCCCUGCCUCCAGGUGUACGUUAACCUGACUUCUUCCGGGGAAAAGCUCCUCCUCUACCACACAGAAGAGACGAUAAAAAUCAAUCAGAAGUGCUCCUAUAUACCUAAGUGUGGAAAAAAUUUUGAAGAAUCCAUGUCCCUGGUGAAUGUUGUCAUGGAAAACUUCAGGAAGUAUCAACACUUUUCCUGCUAUUCUGACCCAGAAGGAAACCAGAAGAGCGUUAUCCUAACCAAACUCUACAGUUCCAACGUGCUGUUCCAUUCACUCUUCUGGCCAACCUGUAUGAUGGCUGGAGGUGUGGCAAUUGUUGCCAUGGUGAAACUCACACAGUACCUCUCCCUACUCUGUGAGAGGAUCCAACGGAUCAAUAGAUAAAUGCAAAAGUGGAUAAAAUAAUUUCUGUUAAAGCUCAAAUACUGUUUUCUUCCAUUCUUCACCAAAGAACCUUAAGUUUGUAAUGUGCAGUCUGUUAUGAGUUCCCUAAUAUAUUCUUAUAUGUAGAGCAAUAAUGCAAAAGCUGUUCUAUAUGCAAACAUAAUGUCUUUAUUAUUCAAGAGAAUAAAUAACUGUUUUGUGUUGGUUGGUGGUUUUCAUAAUCUCAUUUCUGUACUGGAACUAGUACUUUCUUCUCUCAUUCUGCCAAAAUAGGGCUCAGUUAUUCAUUUGCCAAGCUUUGUGGAGGAAUGUAGGUGACAUCAAUGUGAAAAAGUCUGUGUUCUGAGUUGUCAGAUCUCUUGAAGACAAUAUUUUUCAUCACUCAUUGUUUACUAAAGCUACAGCCAAAAAUAUUUUUCUUUUCUUAUUCUAAACUGAGCCCUAUAGCAAGAGAAAGGACCAGACUUCCUAAUUAAAGGAAGUUAGGUACUUUCCUUGUAUUUUUUACCAUAUCACUGUAAAGAAGAGGGGAAACCCAGCCAGCUACUUUUUUUUGUCACUUUUUAUUCAUAACUUCAGAUUUUUAAAACUAAUUUCCAAAAUACAAGCUGUUUUCAUUAGCCAAUUCUAUAAUAUCUUCCUGUGAUUUAUGUAGAAAAUGAACAGACCCCUUUUCCAUUUAAGACCCUUCUACUGUGUGAAGAGAUGAUACCUACAAGGAGUAUCAUUACCUGUGAGUUGACUGAAUGUUGGUAGGUGCUCCAUUACAAUCCAGAAAAGCCUGUGUUACUGAUACUUGUGUGGAAAUCUUUAUUUCAUUUCAAUUUACCUGUUCGAUGGUAAAAUUAAGAUGCUACUUGCUGGUAAAAAUUGGUGGACUGGUUUCAAUGGGUAAAUCUGUUGUAGCAAAUUAAUGUGUUGGAAUAUUGCUCUUUGGGAAUUUGUGUUUAAGUUAAUGAAUGUGUAGUAUCUCCUUCUGACAAGUGUUCCCUAUUGGAAUUUUAAAGCUAUGUGCACAGAAUACUAGUCUCUUCUACAUGUUUUAUUUUUCUAUUUACAACUCCCUUUUUUGUUGUUAUAUUUUAUACACAGAAUAGAUCUUUUUUCUAACACAUAUUUGAACUGAAUAACAGACUUAAAGAAAGCCUUUGUUCACAUUACUAUUUACUUAUUGUGUUUGGGGGAAAAUAUGAGGGAUUGAUUUUAAAUAAAAAGCAUUCCAUCUUUCAUUUAAUAUCAGUAUCAAAAGAAGAAGACAAACAUCUAUCUUUCUCAUCUAUAUUUAAGUACCUUUUUGUAAUGUAGUAUCAAAGUAUUUUAGGUAUUGCAAAAUUUUACAAAUCAUUUGUGGAAUGAAUGGUAAAACUAAUCUGAUGAAGUGGAAAAUUAUUCUGCAAUAUUGUAAUUCAUAGUUUGACUUUUCAUAAGCAAAUAAAUCCUUAGGAUGUAAUCAGGACUUCAAAUGUGUAAUUAAAAUUUCUUUUAAAAA